AUGGUUGAAGUGUUGAAGAACAGCUUCAAAGCGACGCUCGCAGGGGCCACUGCUGCGGAGAUUGCAGAGAGACCUAUUCACGUGCUGAUUUGCCGUGAUGAGUGCCACGUUGCUAUUCGCGUCAGCGACCGUGCGGGUGGCAUCCCUUCAGAUGUGGGAGAUCGUAUAUGGUCCUACUUGUAUGGAGCCGCGGCUCGUGGAGCCGACGAGGGGGCCGCCACCCCUUUGGCAGGCUAUGGAGUUGGCCUCCCGGUUUCCAGCUUGCAUGCUCGAUACUUGGGUGGUCAGCUCCAACUCACAACAUAUCCAGGUGGAACAAGUCUGGCAACAGUGCAAGCACCUGGAAGUGGCACGGAACUUGUGAAAUCUCACUCUCGUGAUCUCGUGAACAACUUCUGUGCGGAGGACAGAGGUGCAAGUGGUGCUUGCUUGAAGGCAGGUGUGGACACAGCUGAGUUCGAGCCACCUUUCCCAGUGAAGCAGGUUGCAACAUGGCAGCACAAGAUCGCUUGUCAAUGCCAGGCCGAUCAAAGAGCCGUGCCCGCUGCCAACGAUGCUUCACAUAGAGUGGAAUGGCGGCCUUGGCAAGCAGAUCAAUUGCAGAGUGACCUGCAGUGGCAAGAAGCAGAUUUGCAGCUUGCCCAGAUGGCAGGCAUUCAGAACACCGGUCAAGGGCUAGCUUUGUGCACCUGGCAAUUCCCAGCAACAGUGCAAUCGCCGAACCUGCCAGAUGCUGUGCAGUUCCGAGUACGAAAGAUUGACUUGGAUAGCCCCGUCAAGGGUGGGGCUAGCAGCAGAACAUGGUUGUCGCAGAUCUCUGGCCUUUAUGCCACAGCAUUUGCGGCGCCUGAAAAGCCAAGAGCAUCGUUGCUCGUGGAUCAGGACUUAAAACGCUUAAAAGUUGUCCUGGCCUUUGCUCUCUCGUCUGACUCUCCUUCCGAGAGACCGACAAAUUCUUUGAAGUCAGGAGAGUCAGGACAUGUGCAUGGCCUGGUGACACGGAUUCAAGUUUCAUAUCGUCAAGCUGGUGAUUCCCAUAUCGAUGAGGUCAGAGAGUUGAAACCACAAAACCUUACCGCCGUGUCUAUGAAUGACGGCCUUGGCACGUUGAAGAUCAGUGUGUCGCAGCCGCAGUUCCUCGAUGGACAGCGGAUCCUGUUUGCUGUUCGAGUUGGCGACGAUUGGCGAUGGUCCCACUGGAGCAGCUUCAGCAAGCCAGUGCAUAUGAAGCAUCCGAUUCUGCAGCCUGCGAAAGAUCAUGGCCUUGUUGUUAAGCCUCUUUCUCCAGACAUGGUGUGGUUGCACUACCCAAGUGUGGCCACAGACACCGCGGAGGUGAUUGAAUACUUCAUUAGUGUGGCCCAGUUGGGACCGACAGGGCGAGAGGUGAGAUCCAGCUCCCAGCUGAUUGCUUUGCAAGCGGAGCAGAACCCAAAGAGAGAUGCAG